CGCGCGUCAUCCGACUUCCACGCCGCAGCACCCCCCACCUCCGCUCACGAUGCCCGCGCCGCAGCAGAUGCGCAUGGUCUCCUCCGGGGUGCACCAGCAGUUCCUCACGCAGACCAUGCAGACCGCGAUACCGGGACAGCUCCAAAUCAGCUACAUCGCGCCGCUGCACGAGAACGCGAAGUGCAUCCCGGGGCUGGGCUGCUGCGGGAACAUGUGCUGCUGGUCCAACGUCAAGCCGCGCUCGUACGUCAUGGUCGCGGAGAACAAGCUCGAGACCAACUACCCGUGCACGCCGUGCUGCCUCUGCGGCGGGUGCGACUGCUGCGUCUACGACAACAUUCAGACGGUGUACUUCGACCAGCUCAACGACAACUGGAAGCGAGUGACGUGCUGCUCGCCGUACCACUGGUUCUGCUGCUGCGAGUGCUCCGGCGGCGUCGCCGCGACGACCAAGUCGUACGCGCCGGAGUGCUGCCUCAACUGCCCGUGCUGCUGGUGCUGCUUCACGUACAUCCCGGGCGUGGAGAACGCGGAUGAAUUCGUCGCGCACAUGAAAAACGCGGUGGCGACGUUCGAGGCCAAGUCCCGCGUCAUGGGUUCGUCCACGGUGGCGGUGUGAGCGACACGACACGACACGACCGACCGCGGACCGCUCGCCUCUCGGGCGGGGGGUCGAAAGAUGAGAUGACCGCGCGAAGGAAAGGAAGGAACGCGCGCGCGAGCGACCGAACCGAACCUUGUUUAUACAGUAAGUUGUUACCCUGAGACGACGAAGCACGUGAAGAAAUGGAAGAACGAUGUUCUGUUUACGUUAUUACGCCAGACGCGUGGCGAUGAGAAUUUAUGCGUACCAUCACGCGUUUAAUGAUACGACGAUUGCCACCU